AAGCUGCUUCCCAAACGGCCAACCCCAAAAAGGCGCCGCCGCCUGCGGCGACACGCGCACGAAAAGGCAUCGACCACAUCCCUCUCGUGAGCGCGCACUUCUGCUAGCCUGCUGCCGUGCCGCAGUGUGAUUACAGCUCGUCGCUCGAGGUGAACUCCGGCGUGCGGAACCCUAGCGCCGCGCGGGCGUGGAGCCCACCGGCCUCGGCGCCGGCGGCGGUACUACUAGGAUGGCUCCGCCCGUGAGGCCGUGACGCCAUGGUGAGGGGCUUGCGGCUCGGUGGCCGCGCGGCCGCCGCGGCGAGGUGGUGCACCUGCCGCCGCGUCGCCGUCGCCCUCUGCGUGGGCAACCUCGUCGCCGCGCUGCUCGUGGCCCGCGCGCUCUACGCUCCCGGCUCCUUCGCAUUUGCACCCAGACGUGGGGAGCUGAGGUAUUCCAGGGAGCAGAUGAGGUGGGUGGAGGAGUCGAUCCGGAUUCGCCGCGCGGCCGAGCCCGUCGAGCUCAUUGAAGCGGUGAAGAAGCUGCGCAAGGCAUUCGCGAGGGAAGAGAAGAGGCGAAGGGAGCUGCCGCUGGAGCUGAAGCAGAAAGUUUCGCUUGAGAUUUUGCAGAGGCUGCACGAUUUGGGGGAAAAUGCUAAUACCACGGAACAACGAGCUGUAGAAGCAUGGCGUGUUGGGAAGCUUAAGUACAUGAGAAGUACAUCUACUAAGAAUUUAUCAAAUGUUAGCCUCUCCAGUGAAGAAUCAAGGAGGUUAAAGCGAGCCUUGGAGUUUAACUGGCAAAUGCUAUUGGAGGACAUCGGUCUUUGGAUACCUCCCACUAUAUAUCAUAUUGAACAUGAUGACAAGCCUGAGAAUGAACCAGAAGAUGAAGGGAUAAUACCUGGUCCACCUUUGCCACCUGAAUGCAAUACUGAGCUGCAUACUGAUUAUGGUGGCACUGCUGUUAGAUGGGGCUUAACACAUCACAAAGAAAGUGCCGCAGAUUGCUGUCAAGCCUGUAUAGAUCAGGCUAAGAGGGCUAGACCAGGAGCUUUAAAGUGUAAUAUUUGGGUUUACUGUCCGUCUGAGUAUGGAUGCUACUCGCCAGACAAAUAUGAACACAAACAUCAAGAAUGCUGGUUGAAGCAGGCUGACCACCCUAGAUUAAACUUCAAAGACCGCUACUCUGAGCCAUACAGAGAUUCUCAUCCGACUGCUCCUGUUGUUGUGCCAUGGAUGUCUGGUGUCAUUACUGCAUGAGCUGCCUGCCCACAGGAGCCCAUCUCCAAUGUGCAUCCCAACUGAACUUUGUACAUUUUCUGCAAACUCAGAAAACCAUUUUUCUUUUCCUUCUUUAGCACUUAGUCUUUAGGUUAGUCUACUUGAUAGCUGAAGUUAGUCUGAGCUGGUGCCUGGGUGGUAGGAUUUGGGUUAUGCUGGUGGCUUACUCUUGAAAUUAUACAGAGCUAAAUGCCUAAAUCAAUUCUUUUGUUUUCUC